AUGGAGAAUCCCAAGAUCAGUGACGUGCUUGUGCGCAGAGGGCGCCAAACUUGUGCGAGCAACCAAAUCACGUGGUCCAGACAGGGCCAUCUGGCUUACUGUGCUUCCCAAGUUGGACGUCACAAUUUACUAAUGACCUAUCUGGAGUGCGUUGACGGACAGACGUGGCAAUUGGCCCCGCCGACCGGAUUUCAGAUCGGAACAUACGACAGACUUGUUUCUACAAAGAAAUACCAGGUCGACCACGAUCAUGACUCGUUGUCCUCGGCGUAUCCGCUCUCCAGGUUGACAAACGUCCUAUUCAGCAAUACCGGCUGGGACCUAUUUAUUGCGGACUCAAUGGGCCAUGUGUCGAUCUGUGUAACGGGGAUCAAGAAGGUGUCGCAGCCAACAGCCAACGGGGGUCCCCACCAUACCGCAGCAACUCCUCCAACCAGCCAAUCGCCUCCCCAAAACCAGACGGGCAUCCAGUCCGCCCAAUACUCGCGUACUUCGUUCAACACUUUCGAGCUGCUGUACACAGACAGCUCGGUCAGACCGUCUGUCGACCUGUCAACCACCGCCAAAAGAGAAGCCAAUCAAAUUAUCUCCGUCAAGUGGCUCAAUAUAGAUAAACCAGUGAUAGUCAAUACUCCAGCGGUGAAAACACAGGCUACACAGGACAGCCCAGUGGUAAGUGGUUGUGCCUCGAAAAUGGGCGCCGCUGCUCAGGACUCACAGGGAAACUACUACACCUACAACGCCCAUCAAUAUAAGCCUUAUGGAGCUAUGCAUCCGCUGCCCACCAAACAGGCCUGUAUCGCAGUGCGGAAGAACGGCGAAGUCACGCUGUGGUACCAAGAAGACCACGGAAUCGAGUACAAGAAAACAAUCACCAAGAUCACGGGCCGCGACGAGCUACUCGACUCGGCGUCCAUUGGUUUCGACAGGGACGGAGCAGUGCUCAUUGCGGCAAACAGCUCGCGCAAGCUUAAACUGUUCGAAAUAACCAUCGACUGGGGUUUCCUUGUGGAAGCUGCCAAGGUUUUGGCCAAGACUCCAACAUACCGUGUGCCGGAUGAGAACAGGAAACCUCCAAAGCUCGAACUGAAGAAAGUGUUGGAGAUGAAUUUGGACGUUUUGGAUACCAAGCUUGCAGUCUUCACAGGGCUCCAGCUUAUAUCUCCCGAUUACAACCAGUCGACAGAGUUUGAGCUCCUGUUAUCAUUUGAGAACGACAUUAGUCUCGGAUCAGUCAAACAAUCGUCCUCAUUGUACAGGUACCAACUCCGGAAGGUGGACUCAGCAGAGACAUUGCAUCCGAUGUUUAAUAAAAUCGCUUCAUCACAGGACAACAUUAUCGAGGCAAAGAAAACCUACAAACCUUUAUACAGGCAAAAGAUGACAUUUGACGAGGCAAUCGUCUCUAUCGAGCUAUUGAACCUGGAUCUCGUUAUUGGUGUGACGUUUGCAAAUGGCAUAAUUAAGCUGAUCCACAGAACUGACUUCAAGCUGGCUGACAAUAUUUACAAUCCACAGGAAUUGAAGGACAAUUUUAUGGAGUCCAACCUUGUGCUUCCAACGACAGUUUCGUGUCUUUCAGACGCAGGGUUUGAGUUCCCACCAAUUGGGUUCCAGCCCCAGUAUAGUUGCAUUUCGCCAAAUAUCUGCUGCUACGUGGCUUUGCCAUACCACGAAAACACGUUGCACAUUCGGUCUGCGGAGACUAACAUCGCCGAGUCGGAGGGACCGCCUAAUAAAAAGGGUCUAUUGCUUGCUACCUCUGCAGCAGUUGCAUCGUGUCACACCAACGCCUGUUACCUUGGGUACUCAACUGACGACCUGGUUGCAACCAUUCGGCGCGAGUUGGAACGGUCUAGAAGUCUCAGAGGCAACGAGUACUCUUACAGACUCCAGAUAUCGAUCUUGCAGGAGUGUCAGCGUGCAAUCAACUUGACCAUUGAUGUUGCUAGCGACCAGACAGAUAAAAUGUUGCAGAACCAGCCUUUGCAACGCAUCCUCACUCUACAGCUCUCCUUGGGGACUGAGGCCGACUGGGAGCGCAACAAGAGUGGGAAGAUUGCUUGGGCUUUGGUGAAUCUUAAGUUUGUGACCUCCUCGGUCAUGUACACUAUUCACACCAUCUAUUCGAACAUGCAACGAUUUGCCAAGAAAGGUUUCAAUGUCUCGGACACAUUGGCAAACGCCCGAGCUCGUGAAGAAAGUCUCAUGGCCGUUCUUGGAAUUAUCAGAUGGUGUAUCGAUUACAUCGUUGGCAUUAACCAAGAGAUCAUCGAGCUGCAUAGAGUCUUCAAGGAAAACAAUCCAAAAGAGAUUGAACUAUUUCUGAACCGUUCUGUUGCUGUGCCAUUAAUUCUGGGAAAAGUGCCUCGCUCUUUCCUAAUCUUUGCUAUUUCCAACGUGAGAAGACUGUUCUCUUUUGUGCAGAAGAUCAUCGAGAAGAACGAUCCUGUUUUGGCUUCCCAGGCCACCCCAGACAACCCAAUGGGCGAGUUCAAGACAGUGGAAAACCAGCUGUUCGCGGACUCGCAGUGGUCUAUCUCCGGCUCUGCAAACGGGCAGAUGUCGGUCUCGAAACAGAUCGUUGCACACCCCACCAUCGAGGCCUACCACCGCCUGGGAUCUCUGAUCAAUAAUUCCCCUGUCUCGUUGCAGAAUUUUGAGAGAUUUCUUCUUGAGGCCGACGCUCCUCUCAGAAACAGCCGUUCCGAUCCAGCAACAUCGUUGGCGGUAGAGCAGCAGCUCAUCUGUCAGGGCCACGUUUCGAAGACUUUUGUGGAGCCGUUGCGCAAACUUUGCGACGUUUACGACCGGAUUUUGCUGAAUAACAACAACGUUGACGUGGUGGAGCUGUACUUCUACGACGUGAGCUGGCUCAAGCUAGGUUCGCAGGAGCCUCUACCGGAAGGAACUGUCAAGAAGCCGUUAUCAUCCACCCUGCUUUCUGUGACAGACCACAAGUUCUCCAACACAUACAACAAAAAGCUGAUCCAGAUGAAUUCCCAAGACGGGUUGAUUCUGGACAUGCUUCGAAGACAAUUGGUGAGACCGUCCGAGUUCAUUGCCACCCAAAUAAGCCAACAGGGCAGCGUUCCUGGCAGUAGGGCUGCUGCCAAUGGGUCGACGAACUCGACUCCUCACACGCUCAUGAUGCGCAAGUGUAUCAGAUGUGGAGCCAUCUCUUCAAUCAACGACAACGAGGUCUAUUUCACGUCGCCCACGUUCAUAGUGAACCCGGUCUACCAGCACUACCAGCGGAUAUGUUUUUGUGGUGGAGCCUGGGCGAACAUGGGAUGA